AUGGCCCAUGCAGUGCGUCUUCCAUCCAGCCGCGGCAGCCAUUCGCAGCCCCUGCUGCGGAGCCGCUCGGCGCCUGCUGCGCUGGCGCGGGAGGGCUGCUGGAACUCCUCCAAGGAGCUGCUGCAGAAUGUGCUCACGGCGCUCUUGGCUCUGCUGCUCCUGCUGGGCAUGAUCGCUGCCUGGAAGCAGAGGCACACGGUGAAAUCGGUCACCCAGGACUUCGUGAUGCACAUGCUGGACCUGAAGCCGGCCGAGGCCGGGGCGCUGAUCUUCGCGGCCACCGCCGCGGCCAGCGUGCUGUGCCUGCCCUCCUUCGGCUUGUGGCUGGGCGCCGGGGUGGUUUUUGCCCACAUCUACCACAACGACGUAUUUGCGAGUGCCUGCGCAGGCACUUUGGCGACCUUCAGCGGCUUGGUGGUGGGAGGCCUGGCGGCCUUCAGCCUAGGCCGCUGCGCUUGCCGGCGCUGCAUCACCAAGAGGCUGCAGCAUCUCGAGUGGGUAGAGGUGCUGAAUGCCAUUGUGGAGGAAGAAGGCUGGAAGUUCGUGCUGAUUGCGCGGAUGAGCCCGGUACUUCCCUUGGAGGCCUUCAACUACGCCUGCUCCAUUACGUCCCUGAGCACGGCGGGCUACAUCAUCGGAUGUCUGGGAUCCUUGCCCAUCACGGCCUUCUGGGUCUGGAUGGGGGCUUCGGCGGAGUCCUUUCGGAUGAGCUCGGACGAUCCAGACGUUGGCCCCGGCAAAGUUCGGAAGCCUGUACAUACAACUUUGGUUUUCGUAGUCAUCAAUGUGGUGGUCAUCUGCCUGCUCUUCUUGCUGGUUCGCACCUCCACCAAGAGGUACCAGCGCAUCAUGGACCAGCGCAUCCCUGCCAUGGCGGAGCGGAGGAUAACUCACGCUCCCACCCGCGAGGAGCACCUGGAUUUAGAGGCCUCGAGCCCGGAGACGCCGGACGCGGAGGCCUUGAGGCGCAAGAGAUGGUACGGCUUCGUGGGCAUUCCAACGUCCGCCGCUGGCGCGGCAUGCUCAGCCCCCGGCGCGAGGGAUGAGGCCAACAGUCUUCGGCGCCGAUCUUCGGCGGCGUUCGGCGGGAAGCGAUGGCGCGCGGCCGCGCGCAAAUCGGAGCCUUCUGCCGAGGCCCCCGCAGAGUGGCCGGGCGCGGUGAGCGCGAAGUUCACGGACAAGCUCACGGGGUUGCCCUUGCGGCGGAAGCCCAUCGAUGCCCCCUUCAAGUAUGGCGCACAGGAGGGGCUGGCGCGCAACGGCUUCGGCCGGUACUUCACGGAUGAAGAUGGGCUGAUUCCCAAUCAGAUGAAGCGCUUCAUCCCCAUGCCCGAUAGCCAGACCUUGGUAUGGCGGCCUGGCAAACGACCGCUGGCCGAGCCGGGCUUGUCGAACAUCGAGAAGCCCGAAGGCCUGGCGCGGGUGGAGUCCUUCUGCGCCAAGGUCUACACCACUUCAGAGAAGCGCCACAUUCGGCAGUUGGAGUCCAAGGAGGAGAUUCAGGACCGGCCAUGGGGGAAGAGAACGGUCUACCGGGAGAACCGCCUGCGCGCCAGCGACCAACCAGCGCGAGAGAUCGAUAUCACCACGGAGAUGAGGCGCAAGGCCAGAGUGGAAGACCUUCUCUUGCAGCGCAACUUGAUCGAGUGCUACACCCUGGGUGACAAGCAUUACCGGCAGCCAGAGUACGCGCCAGAGUUUUACAAGGCCGGUGGGCUUAUCGCUGGUAGCACCUUCCAUCGCGGCAUGCACAAGAAGACCCAAUCGCGCAGCAGCGCCAGCAUGCUGGUCACAGGGGAAGGUGCCAAAAGACACGCGAAGACGUAUCUGGAAAAGCAGGCUGAGCAGGAGGUUGCGGAGGCGCAGGCGGAGGUGGAGGCCCUGACCGGGUUUUGGGAGCUCGACACCUUGAAGGAGUGUGACAAAACCUACUGCGAGCCACUGGAUUCGGAUGAGGAAGACCUCAAGGCCGCCUAG